AUGGACCUCUUCUUUACAAAUGAAAACAAUCAACACAAUCACAAUCACAACCACCAUAAUCACCAAAAUAAUAACUUAACUUUCAUCCCAAAUUCUCCACCACUCUCUCCACAACAGACUAUCCCAUCUUCCUACUCUGAAUCCACCACCCAACAAACCACUGAUGACCCCCAAUCAAUGGCUGCUUUGGGUGUCGCUGUUGAUUCAUCGUCCUCUUCAUUCUCAUUUGAUGCUUCAUUGUUCACUUCCUUCAAUGAAUCUUUUACAAAUGGUUUCCCGUCUGUAACUUCCUCUGGAUCUUCUUCAAGCUCUCCAGAAUUAUCACCCUCAAGUGCUGCUGAUGAUUAUGUCUUUUCUGAACCUCCAUCCCCCAUGGACUCAUCAACUCAACAUUCUUCAGCUUCAGCUUUAGCUUUAGUUUCAGCUUCGGCUUCAGCUUCGGCUUCAGCUUCAGCUUCCUUUUCUUCCUCUGGACCUUAUAUCUACUCGACCCUUCUCAAUUUGGAUCCAGUUGCAUUCCAUGCAAACACAAGCUCAACCUCUACUUUUAAACAUGUCGAAGACAAUACUUUUUCCUUUGGAGCAGGCACUCCUGCUAGUGCAGGUGCAAUCAUGGUUGGAACAGACUCUGGUGUAGAAGCUUUUGAAAACCAAAGCAACACCAUUUCUAUUCCAUUACACUUUAAUUCAAACCCUCUGGCUUUUGAUUAUAUAUCCCAACAAUUGUCCUUUCCACAAUUGCAAAACUUACACCCAGACUUGUUGCAGCAGCAGCAGCAGCAACAACAACAACAACAGCAGCAACAGCAGCAACAACUUCAACAACAGCAACAACUUCAACAACAACAACUUCUGCAGCAACAACAACAACAACAACAACAACAACAACAACAACCUCCAUAUGCCAUCUAUCAAACACCAGUCACAACACUGGCUUAUACUCAAGAUGUUUCUGCCUUGGACAUCCCCGUCGGAGUGCCUCUUUACGCUCCCACUGUUGCUGCUACUGCUUCAACCGCAGAUCCUGUUGUGACCCAAGUCAUGCCUUGUCAAUACUCUUUGGUUGAAGCAUCUUCUUCUGUGGCUCCUCCUCCUCCUGCUCCUCCUCUCACUCAAUCAACAUCACUUGCACCUCCACCAUCUUCUUCUAUUACUCAAAAAUCUCUUCCUCCACCUGCUGCUGUUUCUGUUAAGAGAUCUUCCCCAGGCCCACCAAAACGAUUGGACUACAAUGGUAAGCCUGUUAAAAACUGGAGUAAGCGUAAGUAUAAGUGCAACCACUGUGAUGCUACUUUCCUACACGCAGAACUCGAGAAGUUUGCAGCCCAUGUAAAGGAGCUUGAAGAACAACAUGGUGUCGAGCGUGUCAAGCGUCGUUUCAAGUGUGAGGAACCAAGCUGUAUUUGGAGCAGAAUUGGAUUUACACGUAAAUUGGAAUCCCAGAAGCAUUAUAUUCGUAAGCAUGGCCAACCUGUCAUUACAUGUCCUUACUGGACCCCAAAUAAUAAGGAACUUCAUCCUGGAGUUAAGCCUUGCAAUACUCGGUUGCAUACGGAUAAGGCCAGUUUAAAUAGGCAUAUGUUGCAGUUCCACAAGAUAAAGAAGGACUCUGGUAAGAAUGUGGAGGGAAGUAAUAGUAGAAAAUGA